UCCCGGAGCAGGCUCGGGGCCCCGCGCCCCGGCCGGAGGAUGCUCGGCCUCUGAGGGCGGCCCGCUGCCCGCCGCGCCCGGCCGCUCGCCAUGGGCAAGGACCAGGAGCUGAUGCAGGCGGUGAAGGCGGAGGACGUGGGCACGGUGCAGAAGCUGCUGCAGCGGCCCAAGCCCGGCAAAGCCAAGCUCCUCGGCUCGGCAAAGAGAGUCAAUGUCAACUUCCAAGACACUGAUGGGUUCUCGGCCCUGCACCACGCCGCUCUCAAUGGGAACACAGAGCUCAUCUCACUGCUGCUGGAGGCCCAGGCCGCCGUGGACAUCAAGGACAAUAAAGGGAUGCGGCCCCUGCACUACGCUGCCUGGCAAGGCAAGAAGGAGCCCAUGAAAAUGGUGCUGAAAGCCGGGUCGUCUGUGAACGUCCAGUCGGACGAGGGGCAGAUCCCCCUGCACCUGGCGGCGCAGCACGGCCACUAUGACGUGUCGGAGAUGCUGCUCCAGCACCAGUCCAAUCCGUGCAUCAUGGACAAUUGCGGGAAGACGCCCCUGGACUUGGCGUGUGAGUUUGGCCGGGUCGGGGUGGUCCAGCUGCUGUUGAGUAGUAACAUGUGCACAGCCCUGCUGGAGCCCAAGCCGGGAGACGCCACCGACCCCAACGGCACCAGCCCCCUGCACCUGGCAGCCAAGAAUGGGCACAUCGACAUCAUCAGGCUCCUGCUGCAGGCUGGCAUCGACAUCAACCGGCAAACCAAGGCGGGCACAGCCCUGCACGAGGCAGCCCUGUGCGGCAAGACGGACGUGGUGCGCCUCCUGCUGGACAGCGGGAUCAACGCCCACAUCCGGAACACCUACAGCCAGACGGCGCUGGACAUCGUCCACCAGUUCACCGCCACCCAAGCCAGCAAGGAGAUCAAGCAGAUGCUGCGGGAUGCCUCGGCAGCGCUGCAGGUCAGGGCCGUUAAAGAUUAUUGCAACAACUACGACCUGACCAGCUUGAACGUGAAAGCCGGAGACGUCAUCACCGUUCUGGAGCAGCAUGCGGACGGCAGAUGGAAGGGCUGUAUCCAUGACAACCGGACCGGCAAUGACCGCGUGGGCUAUUUCCCGUCCAGCCUCGUGGAAGCGAUCAGCAAGCGCACAGGGUCCCGAGGGUCUGACAGCCCGUCGCAUCUGUCGCCGUCGCAGGGCGGAUCCGCUGCCAUGCCGGCUCCUGUGGAAGAGAUCUGGGUGCUGCGCAAACCCUUUGCAGGUGGGGACCGCAGCAGCCUGGGGAGCACGGGGAGCGUGGCCAGUGCCCGGAGCUCGGGGAGCGGGCAGAGUACGGGAAGUGGCAGCCAUGCCCUGCAUGCUGGCUCCGAAGGGGUCAAGCUGCUGGCGACGGUCCUGUCCCAGAAGGCAUCGGUGCAAGAGUCUGUGGUGGGUGAUGCGCCGGCCAAGGCCCUGGAGGCGCCUGCAGGUUCUUCUCGGACUCAGAGCCUGGCCAGCUCUGCCUACGCCGGGCAGCCACCCGCUGAGCAGCAGCUGAAGAAGAUAGAGCCAAUGUCAGAAGGGAAGAGCUCUGAGGCCGUCUACCAGUGGCUCUGCAAGUUCCAGCUGCAGCUGUACGCGGCCAACUUCAUCAACGCCGGGUACGACAUCCCCACCAUCAGCCGGAUGACCCCAGAGGACCUCACAGCCAUUGGCGUGACGAAACCCGGACACAGGAAGAAGAUCACUUCGGAGAUCAACAGCCUGAAUAUCCCCGAGUGGCUUCCGGAAUACAAGCCGGCCAACCUGGCUCUCUGGCUCUCCAUGAUCGGCCUGGCCCAGUACUACAAAGUCCUGGUGGAGAACGGCUACGAGAACAUCGACUUCAUCACGGACAUCACGUGGGAGGAUCUGCAGGAGAUCGGGAUCACGAAGCUGGGCCACCAGAAGAAGCUGAUGCUGGCGGUGAAGAAGCUGGCAGAAAUCCAGAAGGCCGAGUACAUCAAGUAUGAGUCGGGGACUCUGAAGAAGAAGGCACCCCAGUCUCUGGAUGUGCUGGCCAUCGAGUCCCCUCAGCAGGAGAGCGCCGAGUGCCAGUCUCCCAAGAUGACCACCUUCCAGGACAGCGAACUGAGCAACGAGCUGCAGGUGGCCCUCACGGGUACGGGAGAGGCACCCGAGGGCCAGGAGAAGCAGGCGAACCACGUGGCACAUAUCCGGGACGGGGCAGGCUACCGGGGUCCCCCCUCCAGGCACGUGCAUGAGAACAGCCUGAGCGGCCGGGCGAAGCACAUAAGCAGCUCCCAGGAGCUGCUGGGGGACGGGCCCAAGGGGCCAAGCGCAGCCAUGUCCAAGAGCCAGGAGUACCUGACGGAGGAGGUGAAGGAGGGGCCUCCCAGCAUGCCCAAGGAGGUCAGGCCCGUGCGGCAUGGGCACACCGUCAAGAGAGCCAGCGUGCCCCCAGUGCCAGGCAAGCCCAGGCAGUCAUUCCCCCCAGCCGGAGGGCGCUUUACCCCACCGCAGACGCCCACCAAGCCGCGGCCGUCCUCGCCCCAGACGCUCAUCGUGCCCCACGCCACGGCCAAGGUCAAGCCCACGCCGCAGCUCCUCCAGCAGGCCGACCGCCCCAUGUCGCCCAGGUCCCUGCCUCAGUCCCCCACCCACAGGGGCUUUGCCUACGUCAUGCCACAGCCCGUGGAGGGCGAAGGCCUCGCCGGGCACCCGCCGGGCCCCGUGGCACAAGGAGUCCCAGUCCUGCCAGUCUCGGUGCCCGUGCUGUGCCUGCCGCCGCAGAGCGGGGAGGCAGAGGAGGAGCUGGGCAGGCCGAAGAAGCGCGCGCACAGCCUGAACCGCUACGCCAUGUCCGACAGCGAGCAGGAGCGGGAUGAGCUGCUGGUGCCGGACGCCGGGCCCUAUGCCACGGUGCAGCGGCGGGUGAGCAGGAGCCAUUCGGUGCGGGCGCAGUCGGGCGGAGACAAGAACGUCAACCGCAGCCAGUCCUUUGCCGUCAGGCCCAAGAAGAAGGGGCCUCCCCCGCCACCGCCCAAGCGCUCCAGCUCCGCCAUCUCCAGCACCAACAUGGCCGACGACUUCACCAAGGAGGGGGAAGGGGAGGUGCCCGGCGGGGAGGAUGAGGAGGCACAGGAGAGUUACCGGGAGCAACGGCGCGCGAGCGACUUUGGGGGCAGCGUGGACACGGGCAGCGCGGGUAGCGUCAAGAGCAUCGCGGCCAUGCUGGAGAUGUCCUCUAUUGGCGGGGGCGCCCGGGGCUUGGCCCUGCAGAAGCCUCUCGCAGGAGGAGGAGGGAAGGGACCCGAAGGCUACUACCUGCACCCAGCUGGUGCCAUGCACCUGGCCAGCCCGGAGCAUUCCCGUGUGGCCGCCGUCCUGGCCGCUGUGAAGCACAAAGACGCCAUUGGCCUGGACGGGGAGGUGGUGAACCGGCGCAGGACCAUCAGCGGCCCCGUGACCGGCCUCAUCGCGGCCGCCCGCAGGGAGCGCUCCGACAGCAUCAGGUCGGACACGGGCAAGGACGGCGGCCCGGUGGAGCGGCUGCGGGCAGAGCACGGGGGCUCCCCCCAGAACAGCUCAGCCGAGAACAUCCCCUUCGCCGAGGAAGGGAACCUGACCAUCAAGCAGCGGCCCCGGCAGAUGGGGCUGGCCAAGGGCGAGGCAGGGGAGGGGCUGUCACCUGCUCACCGGCACGGGGACCUGGCUAAGGUGGAGGCCAGCGCCACACUCAAGAGGAGGAUCCGGGCCAAACAGAGCCAGCAGGACAGUGUCAAGUUCAUCCUGACCGAGUCGGACACGGUCAAGCGACGGCCCAAGUCCAAAGACAAGGAGCAGGGGCUGGAGCCGGCCCCCCUCUCCGUCUACCAGAACGGCACCGGCACAAUCAAGCGGAGGCCGACGUCUGAGAUGAGCGGUGCAGAGACACCCCCGCAGGGCCCUGCCGCAGGCGACCGGCAGGACAGGCUGGAGCAUGCGCCGCAGGGUGUGAGCGGGGAGCCCAAAAAGCCCUUCAAGCCACCGGUCUCUCCCAAGCCCGUGUUAACCCCACAAGCACAGAAGGUCCCCGGGCCGCCUACACCCACUUCCAAAAAGGCGCCGAUCCCCAGCCCCGGCAGCCCAGAGGUGAAGCGAGUCCACGGCACCCCACCCCCGGUGUCGCCCAAGCCCCCACCACCCCCGACGGCACCCAAGCCCCCCAAGCUCCACGCCGCCAUCCAGUCAGUGAGUGCAGGCUCCACGCCCACCCCAUCCCCUGCCAAGCAGCUCACCACGACGAUCAAGCCUUCAAGCACACCGCCUUCGCUCUGCUCGAGCCCCGCCAAGCCCCUAUCGCCCGGCGGGCAGCCCCAGCAGGUGCCUGUCAAGCCGCCGCGCUCCUCCAUCGCCGGGCCCUCGACGGAGAGCGCCAGCCCCGAGAUGGCACACCAGAAGCUGGAGGAGACCAGCGCCUCGCUGGCGGCUGCCCUGCAGGCUGUGGAGGAGAAGAUCAAGCAGGAGGAUGGGCAGGCAGCAGACGCCGCUGCGGAAGCGAAGAGCACAGUCAGCAUUCUGGACGACAUUGGCAGCAUGUUCGAUGACCUGGCCGACCAGCUGGACGCCAUGCUGGAAUGAGGCCCGAGGAGAACCCCAGCUAACCUCAGGAUUUACCGUGGGUACAAGGGCACAACGAUCCACUGACUCCCAGCCCCCCUCCCUGCCCCUUGUACAGCCUGUCCCCACUCGGCGAACAGCCCAUCCUUCGGGGUUUGCACAAAGAAGAAAAGAUUACCUCAGGAUUGUGCUCACACAGACCGUGGCCCGCGGCGCUCGGGGCAGGCUUUUGGCGGGAGUGGGUGUGCAGAAGCAAAAAAACAAGAAGCCCUGUUAUGUUUUAUUUCCUACCUAAGUAGCAAGCGACCGUGGGAUAAAGGCGCCCGUAAUGCUGUCUACACCCAACUGCCAGGCCGAGAACCCCGUGGGGUAGGGCUCGUCCCCUGACUCGCCCCUCCGGGCCAAACCCGACAUCCCAGCGAGAACGGUUCUGAUCCGGUUGUGCCGUUGAGCUGAACUUCCACCUUUUUUAGUUUGAACCGACCGUUCUCUCUCUCUCUGGACUCCCAGAUGUGACAGUUCUGUGUGUAGCCAAACGUGGCCCAAGUCAGUAUUGAUCCAUCUGCUUUCCUCCCCAUUCGGUUUGGGUUAGACUCGCGUUCAGGUGACGCCGUGUUGCUAUCGUUUCUCACCCAAGCACCGCCAUUAUCCCGUGUGCCGCCGUCUGCGUUCCCAUGCCCCCGUCUGCUGAUGUUGGGAGACGCUAGGAGUGGUGGGCCGGGGCCGCCCGCUGUGGGUGCCAGGGUGGGUGCUUGCCCGCUGGCGUUCGAUUCGCUGCAUGCUUUGUUUUACUCGGAAGGUGUUUGUUUGUUCUUUCCUGGUGCUGAGAAGCUGUGACCGUGAGACGUUGUUCUGGUGACAAGUCCGGUUUGACCAAUUAGCUCUUUCAUUUAAAAAAAAUUUUUUUUUUUCUGUGUUCUGGUUAUUUUGGGGGCCGUCUUGCCGCGGAAGCAGCGCUCUGCGCCAUGAGAAAGCUUUGUAGGUUUGCAUGCUCGAGACAGUGUUAUGACAAGAAAACAAAAAUAUAGCAAAUAGCCCCCUCCCUCCCACAUGCCGCUCCCUGCUGGGGGGCGGCUCCUGGUGGCUGCCCGAGGGGGUGGUUCCUGGGUGGCUUUCACUGCACAGAAAGGGCUGUUGGAAAUCUGAGCACAGCCCCAUCACCUUGCCCUUUUCUCCACUCACAACCGCUUGGCUUCCAAAGACUUUGUCCUUGACUUGGACUAUUCAGCCUUUAAUGUCCGUCCUCACCCCGCUCCUCUGCGGGAGUGACAGCCAGUCCCAGGCUUGCUGGCCGCCGGGGGCCUGGUUGUGCUCUGUGGAAGCCCGUGGCAGCGGGCUGGGGGCCUCGGAGGGCGGAUUCCAUGGAAAGGGAUGCUUGCAUGUGUUCGGCCCCCAACAGGGUGGUGUCCCCGGAGCAGUAGGGCUGCGGGGGAUUUGGCGCCACUGGGGAUCUGGGCCUCACCCUUUAGGGACAGUGUGAGCUGGGCCAUGGAGGGGGUGAGCAAUGGUGGGGCUCUCAGCCAGGAGGAGCCAGAACAUUGUGCUGGGUGGGGAGCGGGGGGAGAACCCUCCUGCAGAUGCUGCUUGAGGGCAGGGGCUGGGAGGGAAGGGGCUCUGAUGGCAGGAGCCUGGGGGCUUGUCAGCUCUCUGAGGGCUGUGGGCGCCAGGCUGUGGGUAUUCAGAGCCAGGCUCUACCCAUGCAGGGCUGGGGCAUUGGCAAACCAUGGGCCAGGCUGACUCCCAUUUCACUGCUCCGUCCCCUACCACAGCGGCCAAGAGCCCCGCCCUGAACAGACCCCCCCAGGCCUGCCCUGCAGGCCCUGAAGAGCCCAAGCCCCCGGGAGCUUUGCUGCUGUUAAUAGAGCAUUGCCUAGUGAGCGGCGCACAGGGCUCUCAUCCAUCUCCAGCAAGGCGCUGUGUCAGCCUGGUCCCCGGCUGCCGUGGGAGGUGAGGGGCUUCAAGGGGGAUACGAGAGGGUGGCUCUGUGGGGUCUGCUGGGGGCAUCGGCAGACAACUCAGCGAUGGCAAAGGGAAGCCAGCCUGAGGUGCCUCCGCCUUAGAGACACGGACAGCCUGAGCCAGACCAUGGGGUCCCCAGCGCUCUGCCCAGUGGGUUCUGCUGGCGGGGUGCGGCCCGUGCGAGGCAGGCAACCGCCAGGGCCAGAUCCGGGGGAGCUGCGUGGUGAGGAGGGGGAUGGGGCUGCAGCCCUGGGGCGGGACACCCCUCAUAUGAGCACAAUACAGGAGUCCCUAGUGUUGGAUUCCCAAGUGGCCGGUCAGGCCUCUCUGCUCCGGUGCUGCUCCUCCUACCCCCCACCGGGCCAGAGGGCACCGCUGGGGCAGCGCUAAUGGCCCUGGAGCAGAGGGAGCUCAGGGAGCAAAUCCCUUUCCUUGUCCCAGUCAGUCCCAAUGCCAGCAGCAUUUCCUGGUACCUCUCUGUAACGUGGGGCUCACUUGGCCCCCCCACCCUGCGCCCCAGCCCUGCCUUCCCUCAGGGAGACCAGCUUGUGUCAGAGCAUGACCUUGGAGAACCGCAGUAGCUAACACACGUAUAACCCCGUAGCACGCGGCGCAGGCAGCUCAUGUCAGCUGCUCCCGGCUAAGCCCUGCUGGAAUGACAGGCGUGGCAGACAGUUCCUCCCUGGGCCACUGGCUGAUGGAGCAGGGCGCUGCACCCUGCUGGUUAAUCCCACUGCUCCAGGCUGUGUUCUGAACACCCCGCCGUCCGUGGGGAGCCGAGCCCUGGGAGGGAGCCGCACUCCCUAGAAAUGCACUGCCAGUUUCCAGUCCAGGCCCAUGGGCGUGCCUGACUGGCUCCAGCCAGGCUUCUGCUAGCCCAGUGUCCCUUCUCAGAGAGGGGCCAGUUCCAGAUGCAGCGAGGUGGGUGUAAGAAUGCUGCAGUGGCAGGUGUAGGAUAAUUCCCCUCGGCUCUCAUUAGGCCUCCUCCUGGUCUUUUAGGGCUUGUCUGCAGGGCACCCCUGUGCCUUUGCCAGGGGUGUGAAUUGUAGAGAUGAAAUUAAUAGGCAGUAGGUUUGAUACAAACAGAAGGAUGUAUUUCAUCACACAAUGCACAGUUAACCUGCGGAACUCAUUGCCAGGGGGUGGGUGAAGCCAAAGAAUAACUGGGUUCAAAAAAGUAUUAGAUCAGUUCAUGGAGGAUUGGUCCUUCGAUGGCUGGACAGCAGGGGGUGGAUCACUCUGAGCCAUCUGGUGCCAGUCACUGCCGGAAGACACGACACUGGGCUGGAUGGACCAUUGGUCUGAUCCAGCGUGGCCGUUAUGUUACGAUUCACUAUGUACCUUUUAGUUCAUGCCAGCGGGUCUACAUGGGGCAAUUAGAGUGCUCAACCAUUCACACCCCUCGGGCUUGCACCGCAGUGCCAUGGAGACAAGCCCUACCCAUCAGCAUUUGGCUACAGCCCUGAAGCAGGAGAUUUAAUGUCCCUGCCCAUAUGUGUGUUGCCGUUAGUUAUGCUAACUCCGGCUCUGCUGGAUCCCCCUAGAAAUGUCCAGUCCCUUUUCAAGUCUCCAAGAGGCUGGUGAGCCGUGCACUGCGAUGCUGGCCCAAGGGACUGGGGCAUGUCUGAGAAAUCCCAAAUUGCUCAUCGGUUUCUAAAGCCUCAAUAUCCGGCCCCAUUUCUGUAACCUGGCUCCCUCCUCCCUGCCCCUUGCUGUGUCUGAACAAGCAGGGGUGACGCCCGGACCAGAACUAACAGCCAUGGGGCUGUUCGUUGGGCUCAAGCUGAGGUUGGCCAACAGGGGCGAUGCCGAGCAGCUGAUGUGUUGUCAGGGCUUUUCCUCCAAACUCUUGACAGACCAGCAUUUCCCAUCUACAAGGGCUCCAGUUACAAGGCCUCCCAUCCUGCAGCCUGUACCCAGGUAGGUAGCUAUUCCUUGCAGGCCUGGGCCUAUGGAUGUCAGCGGGGCCAUGUAUGAGUGAGGGGGCUGGGAUCGGCUUCCCUGCUUCUUGCAAGUGCCAGCAAUUUCCCCUGCCACAUCCCGAUAUGUCUGCUCCUUUGUCAAACCAAUGACCUUGGGGACCCAAAAUCAGGCUAGAGGAAUUCAGACCAGCCCAUGGGUUCAGCUCCUUUGUUUCUGGCUUGAGCCUCCUGGUCCAAGAGGGUUGUUAGCUUCCUCUAUAGCCCGGUAGUUUUCUUACAUGCGCUGAGCUCAUUGCAGAGGAUAGAGGGCCUUAGCCGAAGCAAGCAGAGCAGUGGUGGGCAUGGCUGAGCGAGGCCUGUAUUUAGGACAAUGCCCUGCUGCAGUGAAGUGUUAUGAACGCUUCCUAGUUGGGGAACAAAAACUCUUUCUGUGGAGGGUGAUAAGGGAUGAAGAAAUAAUAAGCUAUAUAAAGAAGUAUUAAUUUAUUGGGAAAAAAAGAUUUAAGACAGAUAUUUUCCCCCAGAAAUUAAAAAAAGGAAUAAACUUUAACAAAUAUAUAUUUAAAAUAUUAAAAAUAGUGUCAAUUAUAUAAUAAAAGUUUUAAAAAAAUCAAGAGAACUGGAUUUUAGCUUGAGAAAAUCUAUUAGAUUACAAUAAGCUCUAUGUCUUUGUGGCAAGAUCAUAUUAAGAGUAGCACAAGCAUAAGAUACCUUUUAUCUCCUUAGAAGGUCUGUGCAAACAGCUUUUGGUUUGUUUUUCUGUUGGAAUUCAGUGUUCUUCCUUUAUUUUUACACAGUUUAAGAAACUCAAAGGAUGUGCCUUGUUUCAUGAAGGUUUUUGUUAACUCUGAUCUGGAGGUUGUUUUAUUUUUCUUAGGUGUCUUCAGGGUUGUUUUUUAAUUUUUUUUUUAAUGUGUGUGAAUGUGUGUGUGUGCGCGUGCGUAUUCUCGAGAAUACACAGCUGUAUAUUCAUGUAUAAACGGGAUUUGGAGUCUGGUUUAUCGCUUGAAUUCUGAUGAAUGCAUUUUGCUUGUGGUUUCAAAACAACGUGUCGAUGUAAUUUUUUUCUGAGAAGUACAAACUGCUUUCUCUCUCUCUCUCUCUCUCUCUCCCCCACAUUGUGUUUGCUGAUCCAGAUGUGUUUGGCACAACUUUGAAAUUUCUUUAAAAAAAAAAAAAGCCUAGAACUAUCUGUUGUAAAGAAAAAAAAAUGUAUCUUAAAAAAAAAUCCAUGAAGCUCUCCAUGAUGGAUAUAUACAUAUAUAUAUAUUUUUUAUGAUUAAGUUAUGGAAUCUGUAUUGUAUUCCCAUUCUGUCAAAGCUAUGCAUCUUGGUGCUUUUCCCUGCUCUUCUGUGCUUUGGUUCCACCUAUAUUAUUCUGACUAUUCUGAAUAUUAAAUGGCUCGUGGUGCUUUGAAGACGUUUGCUCCUAUAAAAAGUCUGGCAACAAAUAUUUAAAGGAAAAAAACCAACCUUAUCAACCUGAAUUGUAAAAGAGACAAAUGUUAUUUUUGUUGUUGGGAGUUAACACCAACCAAAAAAAAUUCCAUGGUAGAGACAAUUCCUAAAGCACCAGGUUGUACAGUGUGUGUAUAUGUCCUUCUGGUCCCCUGCGAUGGACUGCCUCAUACUGUAAUUUUUUGUCAGGCAUGUGGCAGUGGUAUGCUUGACUGACUGCAGUUACUGCCAUCGGCUCUCAAUAAAUGUCAGAAAACUC